CAGUAAAGCUAGUCUCAGUCGACCAGAGGUACGGGCACAAGGCCAUCUGUCCGUUCUCUGAAUACAACUGACAACAAAAGAGGGCAACUCCGCACUCAGGGAAUCAUACACACUCUGAAAACCUCGAGCGUUAACUCAUCCUGGACUGACAAGGCAAGAACAGUUGGAGAAGAAAGUAAGUGGCAUCUCCGAGCUGUCUCAACCUCCAUCACUUCUCAGUCUAUUCAGCAGUUCCCGUCUCUUUAGCAAGUUCCUCUGCUGCUGGAGUGUCAUGGAAAAAGGGACCACUUUUCAUUUAACGGCUUAUAGACAGUCUGUUUGAAGCAUCUAGACCCAAGAGAAGAAUGAAUAUGAAUGAGAAGGAGGGAGGAGUGUGCGAGGGGGGGCUAAAUGUCACCCUCACCAUCCGCCUACUAAUGCACGGCAAGGAAGUUGGAAGUAUCAUUGGGAAGAAAGGAGAGACUGUCAAAAAAAUGAGAGAGGAAAGCGGAGCCAGGAUUAAUAUAUCUGACGGUUCCAGUCCAGAGCGCAUUGUCACCAUUACCGGACAGUCUGAGGUCAUCUUCAAAGCCUUCGCUAUGAUCGCAGAGAAAUUUGAGGAGGACAUCCUGGCAUCUAUGAUAAACAGCACCGUGACAAGCAGGCCUCCCGUGACACUGCGCCUCGUCUUCCCCGCCAGUCAGUGCGGUUCACUCAUUGGCAAAGGAGGCUCGAAGAUCAAAGAGAUCAGAGAGAGCACAGGUGCCCAGGUCCAGGUGGCAGGAGACCUACUGCCUGACUCGACCGAGAGAGCCGUGACCAUCUCCGGCACACCUCACGCCAUCACACAAUGCGUGAAACACAUCUGCACCGUCAUGCUGGAGUCGCCACCUAAAGGAGCCACCAUUCCGUACCGCCCCAAACCCACCACGGGUGGCAGCCACACAGUGUUGGCGCAACCCCAUGCUGCGUCGGCAUUUGCUAUUCCUGGACAAUUUGCCAUUCCACCCCAAGACUUGACCAAGCUUCACCAGUUGGCUAUGCAGCAUAUCCCCCUUACCUCCCUUGGGCAGAGCAACCCCACCUUCCCUGGUCUGGAGGCCUCUAUUGCAACCAGUUCUCAUGAGCUGAGCAUUCCUAAUGAUCUCAUAGGCUGCAUCAUUGGCAGACAGGGCAGUAAGAUCAAUGAGAUUCGCCAGAUGUCUGGUGCCCAGAUCAAAAUUGCCGGGGCCACAGACGGUUCGGCAGUGCGCCACGUCACCAUCACAGGGUCCCCAGCCAAUAUCAGCGUGGCUCAGUACCUCAUCAGCGCGAGUUUAGAGAUGGCUAAACUGAGCAUCCAGGCUGCGUCGUCUUCCUCUUCCAGCACACCUAUCGACCUCAGCCUGGGCUUCUCCCAGUCCACCCCCUCCGUCUCCGCCGCCUCUUCCAUGGCCGUCCUGGCUGCUCCCCCCUCUGCUAUUAACGUCCACUCCCCCCCGUCCGUCCCCUCCAUCCCCAGCGCCCACUACGCAUUGCCUGUUUCCAGCCUGCUUGGCAUGAAAACCGUCCCCCUGCUGGCAGUGCACACAGCCACCUCCGCAGGCCUCCCGGCCGGCCUCACCCCCUACACCACAAAGAUCCCCACCUCGUCCGGCAUCAAAAAAUCUGAGCGGCAGAAGUUUGCUCCAUACUGAGCGGCCGUGGUCUUUAAACAUCAGUAACGUUGUGCUUGUAUAUUAUUCAGUCAUGAAUAUUAAGUAGAUUGAACGUGUUUCACCCCACCCCAUUUUUUUUUGUAUGUUUCUGUGCAAUAUCACACAAGCGAGAAAUAGUGAGUGCAUGACAAGAUUAAUUGCUCCUUCUAUUGUCUUCCAUUUUUGUGUGGCGUUUCAUUCGGAAGUGUUUGAGAUAUCCAUCUCGCACCAUAUAAUUUAUCUGACACGGCACCUGUUUUUUUUAAAGAAAAGCCAAAGCCAGCAAGAACUUGAUUUAUUGGUACUAUGCAUCUCACAGU